GUGACGGAAUCUCAAGCUGUCGUACAUGGCGUUCCGACAAAAGAACGGCGCCGUCGACUCUUCGUCUUCCCUCUCCUGUUUCUCCCAUUUCUGCAACUCAGCUCGCCGGGCCAAGCCCCUCGAUUCUUCUUCCAGCCGUUCCACUCCAGGCGAUGGCCUCAUCCGCCGCCUUGGCCUCUUCGAUCUUAUCCUCCUUGGUGUUGGCGCCUCGAUUGGCGCUGGUAUUUUUGUGGUCACCGGUACUGUCGCUCGCGACGCAGGACCUGGCGUGACGAUUAGUUUCAUACUCGCGGGAGCGUCGUGUGUGUUGAACGCGCUGUGUUACGCGGAGCUAUCGUCUCGGUUUCCUGCCGUGGUUGGUGGCGCGUAUCUGUACGCGUAUACUGCGUUCAACGAGCUCACGGCGUUUCUUGUGUUCGCUCAGCUUAUGCUUGAUUAUCACAUUGGGGCUGCUAGCAUUGCAAGGAGCUUGGCCAGCUAUGUCAUUACGCUUCUUGAGCUAUCUCCUUUUUUCAAAGGACAUGUACCCAGCUGGAUUGGACAUGGCGGCGAAGAGUUCUUUGGAGGAGCUUUAUCGAUCAACAUUUUGGCUCCCAUCCUGCUUGCCCUUUUGACCAUCAUCCUCUGUUGGGGUGUUGGAGAAUCUUCCAUUUUGAACUCCUUCAUGACUGCAACAAAGGUUAUCAUUGUUGUUAUUGUCAUUUUUGCUGGUGCUUUCGAAGUUGAUGUUGAUAAUUGGACACCUUUUGCUCCAAAUGGAUUUCAAGCAGUACUAACUGGUUCUACAGUAGUAUUCUUUGCAUAUGUUGGGUUUGAUGCCGUUGCUAAUUCAGCUGAAGAAUCAAAGAACCCUCAGCGUGAUUUGCCAAUAGGAAUAUUGGGAAGCCUGCUUAUAUGUGCUGCAUUGUACAUUGGAGUUUGCCUAGUGAUCACUGGGAUGGUACCUUACAAAUUCCUUGGGGAAGAUGCUCCCUUGGCUGAUGCUUUUAAUUCUAAGGGUUUGAAAUAUGUUUCGGUUUUAAUCAGCAUAGGAGCUGUUGCUGGACUUACAACGACACUCCUAGUUGGUCUCUAUGUUCAGUCUCGCUUGUAUCUUGGGCUUGGAAGAGACGGUUUACUGCCAUCAAUAUUUGCUAAAGUGCACCCAAAACGCCACACCCCUGUUCAUUCUCAAGUCUGGGUUGGUAUUAUUGCUAGUAUUUUGGGAGGGCUGUUCAAUGUUCACAGCCUCUCACACAUUCUCUCUGUUGGCUCAUUGACAGGUUAUUCAGUUGUGGCAGCAUGUGUUGUAACUCUUCGCUGGAAGGAUGAAAAAGGUCAAUCUUCAAGAUGGAUCUCAGCCUGGCUUGAAGGUGUCAUAUACCUAGUCAUUGUAGCCUGCUGUGGUUUUGCUGCUGGAGUCCUUUAUCGUUACAGUGCUUCAUUUAUUUUCCUGAUCAUCAUGGCAGUCAUAGCAAUACUUGCUUGUGCUGCUCUGUGUUUGCGCCAUGCUUAUGCAGAUCCUCCAGGUUUCUCCUGUCCUGGGGUUCCAAUUGUGCCCUCUGUCUGCAUCUUCUUCAACAUAUUCCUUUUUGCACAGUUGCACCAUGAAGCAUGGAUAAGAUUUGUCAUCCUCAGCAUUAUCACAGUCGGAAUUUAUGCAUUUUAUGGGCAAUAUCAUGCCAAUCCUAGCUCAGAUGAGAGAAUAGUUUACCAUAGGGCACCAGUAGAAGAUACUCAAUAGCUAUAUGUUUCUUACUGCCUAUUCUUAUUGGCACCCAUUGUUGUAUUUUACCUGAUGAUGUGAUUACGCAUAUCAUAGCAAAAAAGUUAUUCUGGAUGAAGCUUUGACAUAUAUGUGCGUUUAAGUAGUUUCUUCUGGUCUCUUUUUAAUGUAAAUUGUAUCUCUCAUUGGUUGAAUAAAAGCAAAAUGAAAACCAUUAUGUGUU